UGGCACAAACAGUCAAAGUACUCAAGUUUUAAUUUUGUAAAAAUUAUAAUAUUUUCUGUAAAUAUGUCACUGAAAAAAAAUAUGAAAGGUUUACCAUUAGAUGUACUGAGUGCAGAAGGUCUACUGUCCCAUAAUUGGACAGCACUGACUGCAAAUCAACGAGAAUGCACUGCAAGGAUUGGCAUGACCAUGCAAAUGGAGCAAGAGGCUUACUUAAUCGAACACCCUGAAGUGAGGGCAAUGAUGGAAAUUUUUGUUAGCAAAAUGGCAUGUCUUCGAAAAAGGAAAGAUGUACUUAAAGAAGCCGCACUUCACUUUACUCGGCCAGUGGAGAUCCUUGAUCAAGAGAUAAGAGAACGACUUGACUUGCCACCACACGGUCCUUAUACGAAGAAAAAUAAACCAACCUAUAAGUAUGAAGAUCUAGACUUAGAAUUGGAUCUCAAGAAUAUUGUUCUAAAGCAUAAUCCGCCAGAAGAAUGGAAAAUAACAACGCCUAUAAUACCAGCUUUAGAUACGGCAUCAUCUUCAUUUUUAUCUGUUAACACUUCAGACACAACACUUCCUAUUCCGGAACUAAUACCUACUCCUGAGCCAACGCUUUCUGAAACAUUCUUUGCUGUUAUCUCCAAUACUGUAGACAAAGCUAUAUUUCUUCAUGUAGAUGACGCUGCUCUACAUUAUGAUAUAGCUUACGUUGAAAUUAGAAAAGCCGUUGAAGUAGCUAUGGAAGUACCAGUAAUUGAAAUUAGGGAAGACAUAGCUGAAUUAUUUUGUAAUGCAUAUAGACUAUUUGAAUUGAUCAUUCUGGAAAAGGAAAGAAUUGCCGCUGAAAUAGCUUGGGAAAAACGUAUGGGGAAGAAAAUGAAGCGAACGCUCCGACGAUUAAAUAACUUUAAAGGAUACGAGACUCCACCAACCCCUAAGAGUGAGAUAUCAUCGCAUGAGAGCUAUAAGAAGCCACCGAUACAUCCGUGCGUUUGUCAUCCACAGUUCAACUAUAACCGAUAUCCUAAGGAUCGCUUCGGUAUUUAUCUGCCUCGGGAAACUACAUAUGCCGAUGGCAAUGUCACGGCUACACCAACAAUAUCCCUAGAGAAUAUCGCAGAGCCGGACAACGACGACAGAAUGGAUACAAUAAGCAAGAAAUCUGCUCUUUCAACUAAGAGUACUGUUACAAAGAAGACUACAUUUCAAUAAAUAUAUACGCGGUCUUACCUUUUAUCUUGUGUAACAAAGAAGUAGUCCUGGAGACAUCAAACCGCGGCAUUUACUCCCGACCUAGUACAUUAUUAAAAAUAUAUUUUUUAUGCAAAUUGACAAACUCAGAAAUACAAUAGAAAAGGAGCUUCUUGUUCUUGUGAGUUUAAAAUUGAAUGGUUUGUGCGGAAAUUGUAUUGUUCUUUGUUAUCCUUAUAAUUGUGUUAUUCUUCUUUUUUAAGCAUACCUUGGCUUAAUAAACUUUAAACGUCAGUCAUUAAUCACAAUUACCUCAAUACCUUUAGUUUCGUUUAUUCCUUUUUCUAGAUAACGUGAUGGUAA